GUCUUUUUAUAUUUUAUGACUUUCUAGAUCUAAAUUUGAUUUUGAUAUAAAUCAAAUUGGAUCUCUCGUCAACAACUGCAACAGCAUCACUCCAACAGGUGGUUUUGUAGUGUAUGUAUAUCAUGAAAAUAAUUCAAGUUAAACUUAAGACACUGAAAGUUAAUUAAAGAAAGGUUAAUCAGUUCUACUGCGGUUGACGUAAAUUACUGUGCAAGUGAAAUGAGUUGGUUUUAAAUUAAUAUGCUGGCUCAACGUAUCGAACAUGAGUUUCAAAAUUACCUUUUUUUCCUUAAUAUUGAUUUCCUGUUUUAAAUGUUAAGUAUUUUUAUCAAUUAUUUAAUUUAAUCAAUAGUAACCUAGGUAAUAGUACCUAUCGCCUUCUUCUUAUUACAAAUAACUUGAAAUGAUUACGUAAUAAUUCAGUCAAAUUUUCCAGCCAGAUGUGUUUCUUUACUUAGAUUUAUCUUACUUUCAUCUCCAUAUUUACUUACUAUUUUAUCAAGAUAUAACGGUGUGUAUAAAUUAGAGCAGUUAUCAAUAACAGGGCAGCGAGCCGCUUUAUUAAAAGUUCUUAUGCAUCAAUCUUUUGGAACCGAACGUCGAGCGCACGCGCAGUUUGUUACAACAACCUUACGCGGUGUUUUUCGUGACCGACGAAUACGAUGCGACGUAAUGCGUCACGAUGCACCACGCGACAAAUGUCCUACAUGAUUUUGGUCAAUACUCCUCGAAUCAUAGAGAAGAACAGUACAAUUCUGUUUAUAGUGUCGCAUCUGGUCGCUCUCAAAACACGACUGUGUUACGUCUACAGAUCAUAUGUUCAUUUAUGCCAACGAAGAAUUUCUGCAGGAAGAUUUUCUCCCGAAGGAAAGGGAUAUGUGGUUUACCUCAUAAACACAAUUUAUUCCGAAAAACAACCACUUUCAUGGUUAUGUGGUGGAACAAUAGUUUCGUCCACUAGCAUCCUCACGUCGGCGGCUUGUCUCAAGGAAAUAUCGCAUAUGUAUGUAAUAGCGGGAUAUCAGAUAUUCAUGCCAAUAGAGAAAAUAAAAGACGACGAAUGUAUAAGGAGAACCAAAAAACGAAUAGUUACUAAAGUAAUCCCGAAAGACUAUGACUUCACUCAAUGGAUAAAAAACGAUUUGGGAGUAGGUAUUGUAAAUAAACCAUAUGAUUUUACUGAUCAGAUAUAUAAAUUGAUAUGUACCCAUAUGCCUGUAUCCAUUGACAUCAAUUAUGAAGUCAAUUAUGAAAAGGAAAACAUAAAUGCCGUUGCUUAUGGUUGGGGUAGCUCAGUAGCUCGAAAGCCGGGCAGUUUAACAGAGAUAAAUAGGAGAUACAUGAAAGAAGGACAAACUGUUAUAGUCAAGCAAGACGUCUGUACAUCACGUAUGGACAUAAAAAUAGAAUCGAAUGUUCUGUGCGCUUAUGGCCCCGGUAUUUUAGCAUCGGAUGGUAGAGACGUCGCUCCACAACUGUCUCUAGUCGACCGAAGGUUUAAUUUGGAUGAAGAUGAUAAAGAAGAGUGCUUUGACGGGGAAACAUUCAAAGAAAACAGAUGUGCAGAAAAUCAGAAAGGCAUCAACAAGACAGACUAUCAGAAUAAGAAUAAAUCUGUCUUUAACUUUACAGCUAACUUUAGAAGACAAUUUUUUCAAGAUGCUGGUUCGGGUAUUUGCGAGAAUGAUCAUGGCGGACCUCUGGUGUCAUGGGUAGGACAAACUGAAAUUCUAAUAGGUGUUGCGAUGAAUAGUUUGUAUACCAGUAGUAACAAUUGCGCAGGGCCUUUUUUAUAUACUAGUACGGCCCGAUCAAGACAACUCCUAAAUUGUCUAUUGAAUAGUGAAAGUGAAAGUAUGCGUCACCGCUGCAAACAAAAUAACAUUAGUAUGUUGAUAAUUGAAGUUCAGUGGCCUGUUAUCUGAUCUUGAUGUAAAUACUGUUUUAUAUAAAUAAAGAAACAACAAUUUCCACAAGAACAACCAUAACAAGAAUCCAACCUUAUUUUCCUUACUAUCAGACAAAGUGAUUAGAAAUAGACGCCACAAUAAACUGUGCUUAAAUGGUUCCCGGCCUGCAUUACUAAAGAAAAGUAUA